AUGACCGUCAAAUCCCCAUGGUACCUCCUCCCUCUAUCCAAAGCCAACAUCCUCGUCAGCACAGGCACGUUCCUCUACGUCAUCCUCACUCGUUCAUUCCACGCUGCAUACUUCGGAAUAGGAACUCUCUUGUGCUCUUUAUCCGGUACACCCCCCCCCCCCCCUGCCCUGUCCCUACCAGUAACCGCUAACCCUCACUACGCGCUAGCCAAAGCACUCAAACGUCUCCUCCGCCAUCCUCGACCUCCAGGCUCCCCACGCCCAUUGACAUACGGCAUGCCCUCAACCCACACAAGCGCAAUGGCGUUCCAAUCCCUCUACCUCACACUCUCCUCCCUCUUCCUAUCCUUCACCGCCCUCUCAUUCCUCCCUCUCCCGCUCCUUCCCACUCCUGCCUCCCCACCCGAGUGGCUCCGCCUCGCCCUGCCGGGAUUGUACGUCCCCUAUGCGCUAGCUGUUGCCGCGAGCAGGAUCACAAUGGGACAUCAUACGCUGCCUCAAGUACUGGGAGGCGCACUCUGGGGCGUCGUUUUCGCAGCAGGCUGGUGGGCGCUCUGGCCCUGGGCAAAGGAACUGGGGGAAAAGGUACUCCCUUGGCUGGGAGGGAGGGUCGUUAGCUAGCACGCGGAGCAAGAGGAUGCAUAUGGGGGAAGGGAAGGGGGAGUGGAACAAGCUCUUGGAAGCGUAUGGCGUAUGGGUCGGCGCUCUCCCUGGUGGAUGCGCAUAGACCGAGCUGGAACUCGGAAUUCGAUAUUCUUACUUCUAUCUUUAUCUCUCUAUCGUUAUCUGAUACCUCAAAUC